AUGGGUUUUAUGGAGUUAUACCUAGAGAUUGACCCAGUCACUUUAAACCUGAUUAUUCUCAUUGCCAGCUACGUGAUACUGCUUCUGGUCUUCCUGAUCUCCUGUGUGCUCUACGACUGCCGAGGCAAAGACCCCUCUAAGGAGUAUGAUCCGGAGCCUCCAGCUCCACAGCAGCAGCCUUCCAACCAGCUUGUGGCGAACUCUCCACCAUCUGGACAGUUUAACGAGCAAAACAACACCGGUGUCAACAGCUAUGUGCCACCCACCCCUGAUACACGUGAGAAAAGGAGCACACUGGUAUAAAUAGCCAUCAGUUCUCUCGGCUAGGAAAAAAAACUGAGUUAAUUUCUUUUCUUUUAAUUUUCCAAACUAUCAAUAAUUCCACCACAAGCAAGCUUAGAAGAGGACCAUCUAUAAUCCAGGCCACACAACAAGAAUGCUUACAGAUUCUAGAAAUGGGGUCAGCACAGCUUCUGAGCCCAGAGACGGCAAUCAUCUGAGAAAAAUCCUAAAGAGAAGAUGUGGCCAGUGACCUGCACCCUGUUGCUGUCUAUGCAUAUAAUAUGAACAAAUAAUAAAUAAA